AUGUCUUCUACGCUUCUCCGCACGACCCCCGCCCUGCGUGCCGGUCUUCGCACCCGCGCCGCCGCUCCCGUUGCCGGCAUGGCCACCACGUUUGUCCGUGGCAAGGCUACUCUGCCCGAUCUUCCCUAUGACUACGGCGCGCUCGAACCCCAAAUCUCCGGCAAAAUCAUGGAGCUCCACCACUCCAAGCACCACCAGACCUACGUCACCGGCUUCAACGCGGCCGUCGAGGCCCUCGCCGAGGCCCAGGCCAAAGGCGACGCCAAGGCUGCUGCGUCCCAGGCUCCUCUGCUCAACUUCCACGGCGGCGGCCACGUCAACCACUCGCUCUUCUGGGAGAACCUUGCCCCCAACGGCAAGGGCGGCGGCGGCGAGCCCACCGGUAAGCUCCUCACGGCCAUCAACGAGGACUUUGGCUCCUUUGACAACCUCAAGAAGCAGACCAACGCUGCCCUCGCUGGCAUCCAGGGCGCUGGCUGGGCCUGGCUCGUCAAGGACAAGACCUCGGGCACCCUUGGCCUCGUCACCCGCGCCAACCAGGACCCCGUCUCCGGCAACCUCGAGCCCUUGAUGGGAAUUGAUGCUUGGGAGCACGCUUACUACCUCCAGUACGAGAACCGCAAGGCCGAGUACUUUGGCGCCAUCUGGGACGUCAUCAACUGGAGCACCGUUGCCAAGCGCUUCGAGAAAUAA